AAUGGUGAUCCUAGCCCAGGCCCCGCCCCCGUCCUGUGGGUGACAUUGUCAUGGCGGGGUGGACGCUACUGCGCUGCCGGUCACCGCUUAUACGGAGCUGUACCCGGGGGAAGAGCGACCAGGCCUCUCCCUACUGCUUGCAGCUGGUCAGGAAACGUGACUAUGAGGGAUUCCUAUGCAUGUUGCUGCUGCCACCUGAAUGUCGGAAUUCUGUCUUGGCACUGCGGGCAUUUAAUGUAGAACUCUCGCAGGUAAAAGACUCUGUAUCUCAGAAGCAUCUUGGUCUGAUGAGGAUGGAGUUCUGGAGAGACACGAUACAGGAGAUUUACAAUGGGAACCCUCCACAUCACCCUGUUGCACUUGAACUGUCCAAGGCUGUCCAGAAGCACAACCUGACUAAAAGAUGGCUGACAAGAAUCAUUGACGAGCGAGAAAAGAAUCUUGACGAUCGAGCAUAUAGGAACAUAAAGGAGAUGGAAACUUAUGCGGAAAACACCCAGAGCUCAUUGCUGUACCUAACACUGGAAACUCUUGAUGUCCGGGAUGUUCACGUAGACCACGCCGCCAGUCACAUAGGGAAAGCACAAGGCAUCAUCACCUGUCUCAGAGCCGUUCCUUUCCACAGCAGCAGGCGUCAGGUCUUCCUUCCUGUUGACAUCUGCAUUCUGCACGGGGCGUCACAGGAGGAUUUCAUCCGAGGCAACCAGGAGAGAAAUGUCAAAGAUGUUAUAUUCGAUAUUGCUAGUCAGGCCCAUGUACACCUGGAACACGCGCGAUCCUUUCAGAACAAAGUCCUAGCGAAAGCUUUUCCUGCCUUUAAUAUUACAGUUCCUAUGGACAGUUAUCUGAAAAGACUUCGUAAGGCGGACUUCAAUAUCUUCCACCCAAGCUUACAAAGGCGAAAUCCCUGGCUUCCAUGGUCUUUAUAUGUUCAGUCCUGGAGAAAAACCUAUUAAAAUAUAUUUUUCUAAAAAAAA